GGUUGAUGAUGCGACAGAUUCUCGGGUCCCAGAUUCUCUGAAUCUCUCCCUCUUUCUUCCAUUUCCCAGAACUCUCAGAGUUUCGCCACUUCUUCUGAAGAAUCUGAAAGAUCACAAAGUCCAAAGAAAAAAAAUGAGCGUGAUCACAACUCCAAUAGAGACCCUGCACCUAAAGUCAACACUUCGUCUUCUACCACGAGCUGUUUAUCGCAGUCAACGGAUUCAAGUUUUCCCGCCCAACAUCUUCUCGAACACUUCUCUGAGUUCUCCACUUCGCAUCGACCCAAUCUCUCAAGUUGGCGGAUCGAGGAAUUUGUGGCGUAGAUAUGCAUCUGAUAAUUUCUCGGAGAUGGGUUUGGAUCCUGGAGCUGAUCCAUUCAAGGUUAUUGAGAAGCCUUCUAUAGUGGAUAGAAUGAAGAAAGCAAACUCAAUUCUUCCUCAUGUAGUGUUGGCGAGUACAAUAUUAGCUCUUAUCUAUCCUCCUUCUUUCACUUGGUUUACGUCGAGGUACUUUGUGCCCGCUUUAGGUUUUUUGAUGUUUGCGGUUGGUAUCAAUUCAAACGAGAAAGACUUUCUUGAAGCUUUCAAAAGACCAAAAGCUAUCCUCCUCGGUUAUGUUGGACAAUAUCUCGUAAAGCCUGUCCUAGGUUUCAUCUUUGGCCUAGCUGCUGUUUCUCUUUUCCAACUCCCAACUCCAAUUGGUGCUGGAAUCAUGUUGGUAUCAUGUGUUAGUGGAGCUCAGUUGUCAAACUAUGCGACAUUCCUAACUGAUCCAGCAUUGGCACCUCUUAGCAUCGUCAUGACAUCUCUAUCAACCGCUACUGCGGUUCUUGUCACACCGAUGCUAUCACUCCUGCUCAUUGGGAAGAAACUACCCGUUGAUGUAAAAGGAAUGAUAUCCAGCAUUCUUCAGGUUGUAAUCGCACCAAUCGCUGCAGGAUUGCUACUAAACAAGUUGUUCCCAAAAGUAUCAAAUGCAAUCCGACCAUUUCUCCCGAUUCUAUCGGUUCUCGACACAGCUUGCUGCGUUGGAGCACCACUCGCAUUGAACAUAAACUCGGUCAUGUCUCCAUUUGGAGCCACCAUAUUGUUACUAGUAACAAUGUUUCAUCUCUCAGCUUUCCUCGCUGGAUACUUCCUUACCGGUUCUGUCUUUAGAAACGCUCCAGACGCUAAAGCCAUGCAAAGAACAUUGUCCUAUGAAACUGGAAUGCAGAGUAGCCUUUUGGCUCUAGCGCUUGCUACUAAGUUCUUUCAAGAUCCUCUUGUGGGGAUUCCUCCUGCUAUAUCUACGGUGGUAAUGUCAUUGAUGGGGUUCACUCUCGUUUUGAUCUGGUCUAAGGAAAAGAGUAACACAUUUUAACAUUUUGAUUUUGUUUCACUCCACAUUUUGAUUAUACAUAUAUAUAUGUACUACAAAUAAUUGGAAAAUUCUUCUUGUAAUAUAAAUAAUUCAAUACAGAAUUUGAGAUUUUUAAUGUACUAAUCUCCAUUUUGUCUUU